AUGUCUGCCGCCGUCGAUGAGCAGUCUGUUCCCCAGGAGCAGCGUCAGCUGUCGAUUCAGCGGGCCGAUGUACCUGCCAACGGAGGCAACAAGGAGGACAACGAGGCCGCCGAUAUGGCGACGGAGUUGAAACCCGUCGGCCAUGACGAGCCGCCGACGAACAUGUUUAACCAGGGUUCCCAGAAUUAUCGCACACUCGGCCGCUGGGACACCGUCUUCGUCCUCAUCACCAACCAAGUUGGUCUCGGUAUUCUGUCCUUGCCCGGCUGUCUCAAGGUGCUCGGCGUCGUGCCUGGCGUAAUCGCCAUCAUUGGUCUCGGCUCUAUAUCUGCAUACACUGCGUACAUUCUCCUCCAAUUCUACCGCCGCUACCCUCACGUCGUCAACAUUGUCGACAUGUGUCGCAUCAUCGGCGGCAAACCUCUGGAAGUUGUCGCUGGACUGGGUCUCUUGGUCAAGGUCAUGAUGACUUGCGCUUCCGCUGCCGUCACUCUCUCCGUGUCUUUCAACACCCUGAGCGGUCACGCUUUCUGCACCACCAUUUUCAUCACGAUUGCCGUCAUCGCCUGCUGGAUCCUGUGUCUGCCACGAACGGUCAAGUUCGUUUCGCAGAGCGGUAUCCCCUCGACGAUCAGCAUCCUGGCCGCUGCCUUCAUCGUCAUCAUCAGUCUCGGUGUCUCGAGGCCGACUGGAGCGCCCCCGGGAUGGGAUAAAGAGAUCGCGGUCAUUGGCAAGCCUACUUUCCGCCAGGGUCUCAACGCCUGCCUCAAGAUCUGCUAUGCAUAUGCGGGAAACAUCUCAUGGGUCGGCUACAUGGCGGAGAUGCGUAAUCCUAGCCGCGACUUCCCCGUCGCUCUGGCCUGCCUCGAAGUCUUCUCCAUCACAAUCUACACAGUCAUCGCCAUCGCCAUCUAUUGUCUGGCCGGCAACUACACAACGUCGCCAGCCCUCGGCUCGGCGCCAAGCGUCGCAGCCAAGGCCGCCUACGGCGUCGUCCUUCCCGCCGUCUUCGCCACGGCCAUGGCGUUCGGCCACACGGGCAUCAAGUACAUGUACGUCGUCGCCAUGCGCGCCAUGAAGUCCACCCACCAGGUCACCGACCGCAGCGUCAAGUCCUGGGGAACCUGGUUUGCCUGCGUCACGCUGUACUGGGUCAUCGUCUGGGUCAUCUCCAACGCCAUCCCCAUCUUCGACUCGAUCCUCUCCAUCUCGUCAGCGACGACGAUCGCGUGGUUCACCUUUGGGCUCAGCGCCAUCUUCUGGCUGCACCUGAACCGGGGACAGUAUUUCAAGAACUGGAAAAAUGGCCUGCUGACCGUCUUAAACUGCCUGCUCAUCCUGCAGUCGCUGUUUAUGAACGCCGGCGGGCUGUGGUCCUCCAUCACGCAGCUCAUUGAUAUUUUCAACAAUGACAGCAGCAGCGUGCGGGGAGCAUUCUCCUGUGGCGAUAACUCGCAGGUUGUCUGA